AUGUCUGAAAGAUCACGGACUCCUUCCCCGAAUCAAACGAGAAAUUUAGAACGUGGAGUGUUUUCUUCACUCUCUACAUUAACAUUUAUUAAAAGCUUGGCCGAUGAGAGAAAACCUCAAUCAGUGUCAACUACACAAAUCAGGACUAACGGAACUACAAAACCUAAGUCACCAAUAAGGAAUCGUCCAAAUACGUCUCCAAGCGCUGCUAAAAUUCAGCGUGUGGAACGAUCAAGAACUCCUGAUGACGGCCGGCAUUCACCUUUAAGAGUUCAAAAUGGAAGGACCAGGGAAGAUCUUAAACCUAAAGAAGACGAUUCUUCUAACUUCUCCAUUUUUGAUCGAACCAUCUAAAAAACCUGGAAAGUAUUUAUAAAUUUUUAUUACGAAAAAUUUUUAUAUAUUUUUCUGUUCUAGCAAUAAGAGAUAGGCUAUGCCAUAUAUUAUCAAAUAUGCUUUAAAUCUUAUUGAUAUUGUGCUGAAGAAUAUACAGUAUAAUCCUUAAGAUUCAUUAUUAUCAAAGAGAGGCAGCUAGACUUUAAGGAGGUUAGGAUAGUGAAUUUCAUUUUUGACUAUAUAAAAUUCGCUCGAUCAAGAAUAAGGGCUAAUUUUUCCAAUUUUUAUGAGUUUUCAAUGAUAAUGCUCUAUCAAAGCUAAGGAGUAAGCUUCAAGAUGUUAUCAAAAAACUAACGGCACAGUUAGUUAAAGAAAAGAAAGAAAAUGGCAAACUUGAAGCUGAAUUAAGAGACUUAAAACAAAGCAAAAAGAAUGAGUUCGCCCAAACUCAAAUGAACUUAGAAAAACUGCAGAAAACAGUGACAACGCUUAAAGGAAGCCAAAAAGCAUUGACAGCAGAAAGAGAAAGGCUUACGAAAGAGCUAGAAAAGUCGAAAGAUGUGAUUGAGAUCACGAACUCACAAAUAAAAAGCUUAGCUGAUGCACUUGUGGUGAUUUUAGGGUCAAUAAUGUCUCAAACAGUAACAACUGAAGAUGAAGAUGAGGAGGAAAAGCUGAAAAUUGCUGAACAAAUACAGAAAAUAAUUAGUGAAAAGCUCAGUGCAGUUAUGACUUUGACAAGUGUUGAUUUGAAUCAGCAGCUUCAAGAAGUAAAAGGGUGGACUAAAGUCAAUAACAUGCCAAGACAGAUCACAAAGGAGCAUAUUUAUACCUCUGAUGUUGGAAGUUUUAGGUACUUGCAAGAAGAGGAGCCUGCCCCGAUUUCUUAUACUGUGGAAUAUUUUGAAGAUUCGCCUGAAAAAAAUAUGCGAUUUUCGGUAUUUGCUAUAAAAUCCUUAUUUUUCCAAAAAUAAUAUUAAAGACGAUUAAAUUAAUCUGAUGAGCAUAGUUCACAAGGAUUUUCCCUUCCUUUUAAGUCUUUGAAAGUGCUUGAACCUGAAGAAGACGUUGUGCAGCAUCCUGUGAGCUUGUCUGAAAGAAUUAUUAAUAAAAUAAGAGGCGAAGAAGUUAGCUUUAACACAGAAAAAGAAUGUGCAAGAGCGCUUUAUGAUUUUGAUGGGGAAAGAGAUGGUGAUUUAUCGUUUUCGAGAGGUGAUAUCAUAGAAGUGCUGCAAAAAACCGAAAGCGGAUGGUGGACAGGGAAAUUGGGCUCUCAAGUGGGAUCGUUUCCUUAUAAUUUCGUCCAGCAGAUAUAG